AGGAAGUAGGAAGCGGUUUGAGAUUCAGCCCUGUGAGCUAGCUUGGCGCAAUGAUUGCGUCAUUAAAUCGCGCCCUGAGUCGUGAUGCGUGUUCAUAUUGCGCAUGUGCAUACUACAAGUUUCUAUGAGUUUUGUUCUUUAGUAUUAUAUUUAUUAACUAAUAAUAAUAACAUACCCCCAAAAUAUUAGCAAUAUAAAACAGUCUGACGUAUUCGUGGUGCCAUAACAUAGUUGGACCUCACUCCUGUUCUUAUGCGUGGUGCAUCACAUUCGAUCACUUGUGAAAUAUUGCAGCCCGGAAGCUCUUACUGCGCAUGACAGAAACGCACAAGUAAAGCAGGCCAUCAAAUGUAACGUAGGCCUGGCGGUUUUGAUUAUUAUUUCCAACUAUGCAUUUCAGCAAUAACACACACGGUCCUCAGAAAGCUAAAGCACAUCAUUAAAGGAGGUUAAAUGAGUGUAAAAGGUGAAUCCGUGCAUCCGUGUAAAAGGUAAAUUAGUUUCGAUAAGGCGCUUCCGGUCGCGCGGUACUGCGAGGCCUGUUGACCCACAUUCGGGGAUGUAGGAGAGCUGUGAUCCUAAUCUUCUAUGUCUUCCUGUUGCUUGGAGUGUGUCUUCCACAGACUGACUCAUGAAGCAUCACAAUGAGCUCCAUAGACAGGGAUGACGGCAGCAUUUUUGAUGAGUUGAUGGAAGACGAUGAGAGGGAUAAGGCCAAACGCGUUUCCCGGAAUAAAUCGGAGAAGAGGAGGAGAGACCAGUUCAAUGUCCUCAUCAAAGAACUGGGCACCUUGCUGCCUGCCAACACUCGCAGGAUGGACAAGUCCACUAUCUUACAGAAAAGCAUCGACUAUCUACGCAAGCACAAAGAAAUUGCUGCGCAGUCGGAGUCGAGCGAGAUCAGACAGGAUUGGAAACCCCCGUUCCUCAGCAACGAGGAGUUUACACAGCUCAUGCUGGAGGCAUUGGACGGCUUCUUCCUCGUUAUCCUGACUGAUGGAAACGUCAUCUAUGUCUCUGAAAGUGUCACUUCCUUACUCGGCCACCUACCGUCAGAUUUGGUGGAUCAGAACCUGCUAAACUUCCUUCCCGUUGGAGAGCACACUGACGUGUACAAAGCCCUGUCUUCACAUCCAGAAGGCGAAAACCUCAGCCCAGAAUACCUCAAGACUAAGGGCCAGCUGGAGUUUUGCUGUCACAUGCUCCGAGGCUCGGUGAACCCCAAAGAACCGCCUGUGUACGAGUACGUCAAAUUUAUCGGCAACUUCAAGUCGCUCAACAACAUGCCACGUAUAAGCCGGAACGGUCUAGAAGGAGUUCUCCAGCGGUCGUUGCACCCAGCCUUUGACGAUCACGUGUGUUUUGUAGCAACAGUGAGGCUAGCCAAGCCUCAGUUCAUCAAGGAGAUGUGUACAGUGGAGGAACCCAAUGAAGAGUUUACCUCUCGACACAGUCUAGAGUGGAAAUUUCUUCUGUUAGAUCACAGAGCUCCUCCCAUCAUUGGCUAUCUUCCCUUUGAGGUUCUGGGGACGUCAGGCUACGACUACUAUCAUGUAGACGACCUGGAGUCACUGGCGAAAUGCCACGAGCAUUUGAUGCAGUUUGGAAAGGGCAAGUCAUGUUACUAUCGAUUCCUGACCAAAGGCCAACAGUGGAUCUGGCUCCAGACUCACUACUACAUCACCUACCAUCAGUGGAACUCGCGGCCCGAGUUUAUCGUGUGCACGCACACCGUAGUCAGGUAUUCUGAUGUACGGACAGAGCAGAGGAGAGAAAUGGGCAUUGAGGACUCGCCUCCUGAGAGAACGGUAGACAAGCAGACUCAGGACUCCGGUUCUGAAUCACAGUUAAACACCUCCAGCCUGAAGGAGGUGCUAGAGCGCUUCGAUCACAGCCGCACAUCGUCCACGUCCUCACACAGCUCCCGCAAGUCCUCGCACACUGCCAUGUCUGACAGCACGUGCAACUCCACUCCCCCGAAGCUCCAGAUGGACAUGAGCACUCCACCUCGGCCUAGCACUGUUGACAUAACGUUACAGCGCCGCUCCUCUGUUAGCAGCCAGAAUAUUCACACUAGCUCUCCUGCUCAAGUUAACCAGCAGCAGCAACAACAACCUCAAAAUAACGCACAGCAAUACUCUGCACAGCUGAACGCCAUGCAGCAUCUGAAGGAGCAGCUGGAGCAGAGGACGCAGAUGAUCGAGGCCAAUAUUAAAAAGCAGCAGGAAGAACUAAGGCAAAUUCACGAGCAGCUCCAGAAGGUGCAGGGCCAGGGCCUUCAGAUGUACGUGCAGCAGUCAAUAGACGGGGUCAAUGUGCAGCUCCCUCACGUGAGUGGCGCUUCAUGCUCACAAGCGGUAGUUGGAGUACAGAGCGUCACGAGUACCGCCCCCAGCGGCAUGCAUCACACCCUUCAACAGCAGCAAGCUCCGCCUUCGCAUCAGCAGAUUUCACAAGGCUCUGUCCUUACACAGCAGGGUUCAGUGUACAACACGAUGAUGGUCAGUCAGCCGGGCACAGGCAGUGUCGUGCAGAUCCCCAGCACCCCGUCACAUAACAUCAGUCAAGUAACCACAAUCAACAGGUUUCCAGGGCAGCAAUUGGUCACAAAGUUAGUCACUGCUCCCAUGGCCUGCAGUACCGUAAUGGUUCCCACAACAAUGUUUAUGGGCCAAGUAGUGACCGCUUACAGUCCGUUUGCACAGCAGCCAGGCCAAACACAGGCAAUAGCAGUGCCGUCCGAUUCGCAGCAGCAUCAGCAAGGGCAGCCGCAGGGGUUGACACAGCCUCAGCAACAGCAACCGUUUUUACAGGGAACCCGCAUUUUGCAGACUAACCAGUCCACACAGCUGAUUCUGCAGGCUUUCCCCAUUCAGCAGCAGGGUGCAUUCACCACAACACAACAACAACAACAACAACAACAACCACAUCAACCACAGCAAAAACCCCAACAGCAGUUAAAGCCUCAGACUCUAAAACAGCCAAAAACCUCGUCCUCUCACCAGACGGACAACUCGAGCACCCAGUCACAGUGACACGAGGAGGACACGUUUUAGUUUGUAAGCAGUGUUAAUUUGAAGUUUACCGAGGGGAAAAAAAACAAACAAAAAACCCAAUGUUCAUUGGAACUCAGUUCUACAUCAGUAGGAUUGAACUCAUUACCACCAGAUGGCCUCCAGUGCAGCGAUUCAGAACUCGCAGUGUUUCACAGCAAUAACAGUGUGGACAUCGGUGCCAUUAAAAUAGCUUUUUCUUCAUUUCUUUUCUAAUUUAUUUAAGGAGUACAAUUUAAUCUCGGAGGAAAAGGAAACGUGGAGUCUUUCUCUUUAUUAACUGUACAGAUGUGUGUACAAAACCAUGUGACUAUCGGACCAUAAAGGAACGAAAGUGACUAUUUUAUACUCCGCAUGAAAAUGAUAAGCUUUUAGUUUAAGUUCUCGUUUACUGUAAAGUAUACACCUGUUCGUUGUUUUUUUUUUUUUAGUCAUGUUUAAAGCAGGAAAAUAAUGUUGUUUUAAUAUAGCUUUUUUUUUUUUUUUUUUUUUUUACUAUUCAGCCCAAAAGUUAGAAAUAGCUUGCAAAUUUAUAUUUUACUUCUCAUUAAAAGUAUUCUUUUAACAUAUUUUAUAUCUAACCGCAGUGUUACCUCUACUUCAUGGACAAACGUAGUUCUCAAUCUUUUAAGUGCCAACAAUUAGUUCUAUUACCAAAAAAAAAAAAAAAACCCAUAUACAAUAGUGAUUUGUUGUCAUAAGAAUUUUUUCUGUUUCCCAUUGUAUUUUAUAGCAUUUAAUGUGUUUCUACACACUAAACAGCCCUUAUUUUAAGAAUUGUAGUCUUUAUUCAUUUCUGUACGAUAAUUAAGAUGUGCAAAGAGUGAAUCCUGACUCUAUAAACGUGCAGGAAUUUAUAUUUCUCGUGUGUUUAAAUGCCAGAUUUAAACACCUGAGAACGAGUUGUACUCUAUAAAGCUAGAAUUGCUCCAAUAUUGCACAACACGUUGGUUGUAGGAAUUAUGCAACAAGCCAUGUUAGGCCAACUCAAAGCAUGUGUUUUUUUUGUUUGUUUGUUUUUUUGUAAGAGCGCGUACGGUAAAAUGGUAAAACUGUCAAUUCUAUUUGGUUUUCUACAAAUGUAAUGCGUCAUUGGCUUUUGGAAAAUGUUUUGUGUAAAUGCUAUUUUCAUGAUCGUGUAAAGGUGUCGGGUUCGUAUACGUUGCGUUUGUUCAUUUUUUGUUUCGAAACGAAAAUGCGAGGUAGCUGCUUUUUAUUUUUUGAUUUGUUCGUUUUAUUUUUCUCACACACUAAAAUAGAAAAAAAUUCCGGGGGUUUUUGUUGUUUGUUUGUUUUUGUUUGUUUGCUUCUAGCUAUUUCACCACACAAAGUUUAGUCGAUCAAAUACUCUUGUAUUUUAUUCAUACACUUAUACAUAUAUAUGUAUAUAAGGGUUAACAUGUGCAGAAAUAAAUUUGGGGUAUUUAAAGUAUUCUUAAAUUUCAGCACCUGGACAAUCCUGCUGAUCUUUUUCAGCUGCCAUGUCCUCCUAUUUUACCGUCACCCUCCUGCGAUUUUUUUUUUUUUUUUUUUUUUUUUUAAAGCAUUUAGUGAUCCGUAUUAGCAGGAGAUCAGGCACUAAUGACUAUCUUUUAAUAAUUUACCCACUAAUCGCGAAUACAUAUCUGGGGUAUUCAAGAUUGUUUAUUAAUUUUAGUCCGAAAAUAAAUCUGAAAUGAUGGGAAACCCACCCCCCCCCCCUUUUUUUUUUUUUUUUUUUUAAAUCCCAAAUUCAAAAACAUCUUGUUUGCAUGUAAUUGUUUUGGGUUUCUUUUUUUAAUAAUUUCGUAACAAAUGAACGCAACCUACACGGACUGUGUUGAUAUUCAAUUCUUGAGUCCUAAGUGUGAAUGGUCUUUCAAACAAAGUGGUGUGUGUGUGUGUGUGUGUGUGUGUGUGUGUGUGUGUGUGUGUGUGUGUGUGCACGUGUCUUGAAGGUAAAAAUUUGUACCUCUUCCCUUAUUGCCGUACGGGUUGUGUACAUCAACCCAGGCGAUAACCAAUCAGUUCUUGCCUUGCAGUAACUUCAUAUUGUGGAACGCUCUUUAUCGACUUGGUAGUUAUAUACCUCAGAAAAUCCACGUUAUUGAAACAUUUUUUUUUUUUCUAUAAGAAUAUCCAAAGCAACUUUAUUUUCAUAUGCUACGAUGGACCUUAGCGGAAAGCUGUGUAUAGACCGUCAACACUGUCGUGUGAAAACGUAUGCAUUGUAAACCUUUUGUGGAAACUGGAGGUUGUGGCUAAAAGAUCUUCCAAAUAGGAACGUAUUACUUAGUCAGUAUCGUGUAUUAUAUUGUAACUGAACCCUGUGUACCUUUUUUGUAUGAUUUGUAUCUUUAUUUUUUGUCAUUUCCAGGGUUUUGUUUGUUUGUUUGUUUGUUUAGAAUUUCACUCAACCACCAAAGAUAC